UUUUAGUUCGGAACAGUGUAGUCAGUGGAUCCAAGUCAAAAUAUUUUAAAGGAUGAGCGCUUUCGAAGACUACAACACGACAUGUGCCAGUUAUGACAACCAAAGAAAACCAUUAGGUGCUGACUUAGUUGUAGAAAUGCUAAGAUUGAAUAUCGGAAAACAGCUUAAGGACCUCCAUAUUCUUGAUGCUGGUUGUGGAACGGGUAAUUACUCCAAAGCUCUCAUCGAAUAUGGAGUUGGAAAAGUAACAUUGAUGGAUGCGUCCGGUGGAAUGCUAGAACAAGCUAAGAAAAAACUAGUUAAUGCCAUAGAUGACAAAAUAGUAAUCAGCAUUGUACAGAAUAAACUUCCAAAAAUACCUUUUGAAGAUGACUCAUUUGAUGCCGUUCUUUUCAGUCUAGUGUUGCAUCAUUUGAAUCCGAGGUCUGAUGGAUUGAAAGACGAGGAAAGGCCAUUCAACGAAAUGGAGCAAACUAUUGCUGAAGCCAGACGUGUUCUUCGGAACAACGGCGUCCUUAUCAUCAUUGCACAGUCCGAAGAUGAUAUUAGAAACACCUGGUAUUGCCAAAUCAACAAUGACAUCACUAAGAAAUAUGUCACAAAAUUUGCAUCCUGCAAGCAGUACCAAGAUAUAUUUGAUCGCACAGGAUUUCAAUGCACCCAGAAGCUGAGACUUCUUGGAACUAUUCUAGACGACUAUCUAAAUCUAGAUGGUCCUUACCAAAAGGCUUGGAGAGAAUGCGACUCUUACUGGGCAUGCGCUACUGAUGAAGAAUUGAAUGAUGUAAUGCAAACCUUGCAGUCAUUAAAGGAUAAGAAGGAACUUAAUGACUGGGUCAUUGAGCAUGAUAAGGUCAACACCCAUGGCAUUCUGACUAUGUUUGUUUGUAAAUAGUAUGUGCAACAUUUAACACCAUUGAUCCUAUUGGGUAUUUACAAAUGUUGAAAAGUGAUGUAUAUCAAGGGUUGAUUAGAAAUGAUAAUAUGCAUUUAUAUUAUGGUACAAAAUAUAUUUAUUAUCAUAUU